AUGAGGAGAUUCUUUACCUGCGAUGGCUCACGUGUGGAAGAGCAAGCACCACCGGCACAACGUGAAAGACCGCAUGUACCGGAAAAUGUCAACAACCAGAACGACGAUGUAGACGAAGCACACAAAUUUACGGCUCAUGCCUACGAAUUCAUGCCUAAAGGCUCUCUCGACCACCACAUUUACGCACACACAAAGCUGGGUCCGGGUCUACCACAAGAAUAUCCAGUUUUGAAUUGGGAAACGAGGAUGAGCAUUGCAGUGGGUGUAGCUGAAGCUCUGAAUUAUCUACAGGGACGCUGA